UUUUUUUUUCCUUUUUUUUUCUUUUCUUCUUCUUCUAGUUUAUAUCUAAAACUGUUUCGUUCUUCUAUCAUGUCUGUUCUCGAUCAAAUUAAGCAAUUCACUACUAUUGUUGCUGACUCUGGUGACUUUGAAACCAUUGCUCAAUACAAACCUCAAGAUGCCACUACGAAUCCUUCAUUGAUUUUGGCUGCUUCUCAAAAGCCUCAAUAUUCUGCUUUGAUUGAUGAAGCUGUUGCUUAUGCCAAGGCCAAAGGUGGAUCAGCCGAAGCCCAACUUGAUGCUGCUACUGAUAAGUUGUUGGUAAACUUUGGUAAGGAAAUCCUCAAGAUUGUGCCUGGUCGUGUUUCUACCGAAGUGGAUGCCCGUUUGUCUUUUAACAAAGAAGCUACUAUUGCUAAGGCCUUAUCUUUGAUCGAAUUAUACAAGUCUGAAGGUAUUGACAAGGAAAGAGUUUUGAUCAAGAUCGCUUCUACUUGGGAAGGUAUUCAAGCUGCCUCUGUUUUGGAAAAGGAACAUGGUAUCCAUUGUAACUUGACCUUGUUGUUCGGAUUUCCUCAAGCUGUUGCUUGUGCUGAAGCCAACGUCACUUUGAUUUCUCCUUUCGUUGGUCGUAUUUUGGAUUGGUACAAGAAGGCCACUGGUGAAACUUAUGAUGCUGCCUCCGAUCCCGGUGUUGUAUCAGUAACCAAGAUCUACAACUACUACAAGCAAUAUGGUUACAAGACUAUUGUGAUGGGUGCUUCUUUCCGUAAUACUGGUGAAAUCGAACAAUUGGCUGGUUGUGAUUACUUGACUAUCUCUCCUGCUCUCUUGGCUGAAUUGCAAAAGGAUAACAAGACUUUGGAACGCAAGCUCUCUCCUGACAAUGCCGUUUCUUUGGAAAAGGUUAGUUACUUUAACGAUGAAAAGGCCUUCCGUUGGGAAAUGAACCAAGAUGCUAUGGCCACCGAAAAGUUGUCCGAAGGUAUCCGAAACUUUGCAAAGGAUGGUGUCAAAUUGGAAUCUCUCUUGAAGGAAAAACUUGCUCUGUAGAUAUUCUUUGUCCAUUUCUUCUUUGGUUUGUACUUCCACGCGCACACAUACAUAUAUCUCUCUUUUUUUUUUUUUAUCUCUUUACUACAUUCUAUUUUAUUUCCACACAAACACACACAUACACACAACCUUAUCUAUAGUCAAAUUCAAUAAAGUCAAAACUUUGUAUGAUGAAAACGGGAAAAUAUCGGACUUGAACUUCUGCUUAUAUUGUUGGGGACC